AUGAUCAAGGCUCUUUUGCUACUACUCGGCCUUGUCGCCGUCUCUUUUGCCGCUACCCAGACCGUAUCUGUUGUUGGACGGUUGACCUGUAAUGGCCGCCCAUACUCUGGAGCCAAGCUGAAGCUCUACGAUGACAACACUCUUUUCGACACCAAGCUCGCCCAAGUCAAUUCCGACUCCAACGGAAUGUUCCAAUUGACGGGCACGUCAAGCAACCUGAUCUUCAGCCAAGACCCCAAAUUCAACAUCUACCAUCGGUGUGGAAUGACGGUCCCGGUCUGCCAAUACAAAUCCUCGUACAAAAUCCCUAAGCAGUACGUCACCACUGGCAGCCAGGCACAGAACCAAUUUAACGCCCAAACGAUCGAGUUGACCCUGCUGAAGAAGGACCGCGAUUGCAUCAACAAA